AUGUUGGAUUCAAAUGAUGAAUUAUAUAUGGAACAAACAUCGAGCAGCACAUCGACAACAACAGGUUAGAAGUAUUUAAGCUUGGUUUCUAUUUAGCAGUUACCUGUUUCACUUUCUGUCGCUACCACGACAAGUGGUAGAUGGGAAAUUGUCUUAACUACUAACAAUUGUCUUAACUAUUUUACAUUGCAUUCUACACUUAAGUACAUCUAGUGUCGUUUUAUUAAGUGGCUGUUCAUACAGAAGCCGGACUUACCCAGUAUGAAUUUCUCUUGUGUUUAUACGAGAAAAUUUCUCUUGUGUUUAUAUGAGAAAAUUUCAUCCCACUUGCCGGGACAAUUUGUUGUUUUGACAGAUGAACUGUUAAAAAUAUCUCACUGUGGCAACUUUCACCGGGCCAGCCAGCUUGCCCCUAAGUAGGUAAAUAUCUGUGGAGAUAUCACACACAUUAUGCUUCUAUCAAGUAAUGUAUUAAACUUUUCAAGUGGACUGGAUUUUGGAGGAAUUGAAAUUAUUCUCUGAACCAGUUUUUGCUGGCCUUUAUAAGGGUCUCACUUGUUUUUCAAAAGCUAAAAUAUGUUAUUUUUUCUAGAGAGUCUCAAUAACUGUAUAGAGGCAUGUGAGCAAAUAACUGAAGAAAUUAAAUCAAGCAGUCGGUCCGAAUGGACAAAAAGAAUGAUGUCGAUAGAGGAAAACUGGGAAAGUAGCAGAUCAGCCAUAUUCAAUGCUCUACUCAAUAGCCAUGCUGUACCUUCACCAGAGAACAUCUGCUUUUCAUGCAAUGAAGGAUGUGCAGUAGUAAGAUGCCAUGAAUGUGGAUCAAGGGUGUUGUUAUGUUCUGCCUGUGAUGAGAAGAUUCAUGAAACAAAUCCCUUGCAUGACCGUGAUGUAUGGGUGAAUGGAUUUUUUCAGGAAGUGCCUCCUACAACGAUAGUUUCAGAAGAUGGUUCCUUGGGAUUUGUUAGUAAGUCACACUGAAUUAUUGUCUACAGAAUCAUUUAUUUAAUGCUCAACAAUUUCAAGAUAAGUACUGUAAAUUAAUUUGGAAUUAUCAGACAAAGAAAAAUAGAAAAGAAGGUGGGCAUUGUAGGGCACAUUGCUGUUUAUAGUAAUAAUUGGGUAUCUAAUUUAUAUUUUAAUUCAAUAAUUGACUACUCUGAAUGUGAUUAAUGUCCAUUGUGCCCCAAUGGGCGUAACUUUAGCAUUUUAGUCUGUCUAAAGCCAGGUGAUCUUAUCAAGCUGACAUUAUAUUGCCAAUAGACCUUAGAGGUACUGUACAUACGUCACGGCAGUGCCAAACAAUAAAAUCCAGUGCAAUGUAGGAAACAUGUAGGAAGCAACAUCGCAAUGUUUCUAUGGAUUGACCGUAUGACAUAAGCACCUCUAAGGUCUGUUAGAAAGUACAUCCUAUUAAAAAGUACAUUUCAUGUGCUGUGUGCAAUUUGCCCCUAUCUGUGACUGAAUUUUUCAUUUGCAAUCAUUUGUUCAAUUUAUCUCAACAGAGAGAUGUGCACCAUUUGCUUUAUGUAAGGCAUGCUUGCUGUGUAAAGAGCAAGGCUCACUGAUUCUGGUUCCCUUGGAUGAACCUUGCAUUGUUGUGACUUCUAGAGGUAAAAUAAAAUGUUUGAUUUAUUAAUUAUUUUUAAAAAUAAAUUAACCCACAGUAGUACUGACAGUAGUAAGACAAUAUACAUCAAUAGACAGUUGUGUAUUUAUCAAAUUCAUUCUGGAAAUAUGCAAAAGGACUGAAUAUGCAAAGGAAUACAUUCAGUGUUCUUUGAAUAUAUACACUGAAAUGAGGUAUUGAAUGUUUUAACCAAUUGUUUCAUGGCAUAGCAAAAAUUACAUUGUUGUAUUAAAGAUGCGAGAACUGUUAGCCUAUAGUAUUUACAGCAUGUAUCUAUUACAGUAUAAUAUCUUAGCCUGGCCUGGCGUGUGGGAUAUUGCACACCAUAUUAACAUCAGACACACAUUUGCAAAACAGUCAAAAGUCGUAAUUACCAAAGCAAAGAACUAAAGUACUGAACUAAAAACAAACUGGUUUGGUUGUUGGUGUUUCACAUGGAAGAGGAAUUGGACAAAAUAAAGUCACUUAGAGGCAAACUUUAAGUGCGCGAUUUCAUACUUGAAAAAUGCACAUUCCAAAAUGCAACUUUUGAUCAUAAAGGCUGUUUUCCACCAGGCGGAAAUUUUUCACGCGUAGCGGAAUGUCUCUUUGUCUUUUCUAAUUAGUUCCACCCGAGAAAUCACAAGACAAAGAAAAAUUCCACUUUGUGCAGAAAAUCCCGCCUGGUGGAAAACUGCCUUAAAUCUAGGCGCACAUGCGCAAUUGCUCACCUCAAACGGCCAGACCUGAAUUAUAUUCAUUAACGUGUAUUGUUUUUUCUCUUUUAAUUUUAGGACGAUAUGACUUGUCACUUUGUAUGUAUCGAUGUGGUAACUGUGACAAGGCAUAUUCACCUUUAUCAUUGGAAAAGAUCAUCAGUGAGGGUUAUUGGCCUGGAAAUCCAAAGCAUUUCAAUCAUGUCUUCUCACAAGAUCUGUUUCGGCUUUGGGAUUCUGUGAGAAAACAUAUGCCUGGAACAUCUGAAACAGCAUUCAUCAGAUCCCUAGGGAAUCUUUCAAGCAACAAUGGAAGGGUAUGUUUAACUGGUUUCUAUUUUACUAUCUGAAAAGUUACACUUUUUUGAGAAAUCAGUGCUUGAUUAAAUUGUACAUGUUACAUGUAGUUGAACACAGAAGUUGCUAACAGUGCAGUGACAGUUUUCAUUGUGAAAUGAAAGUUCCAUUGGAAGCUGGGGGGGGGGGCCAUACCAUUGGAAGCUGGGGGGGGGCUCAAGCCAAGUAAUUCAGAUUUAUCCAAGAAAGUGAAGAAACAUCAGGGGCAUAGUGAGGGGGUAUUUGGAAAACGUUACAAGCCUAUUCGGAAAAUUCGGGCCAUUUUGGGAAAUUUACGAAAAUGUUACCAAAAAGUGUAACGAAUGGGGGGUUAUGCUCUCGAUCCUCGUUGAUUGAGCCCUCUCCAAUAUUGAUUUACUUCAGGCGGCCUUGGAUUAUUCACUCACGAUUUCUAUUUGGUGAUAGUUGAGGGCAAAACCUGAAUCAACUAUUACCUCAUAGAAAUCGAAAAAUAAUUGUUUUAUAAACACCUGAAAGAAAACAACAUUCCAAAAGGUUUUUAAUAAUUUAUUUAUUUAUGCAAAUACCAAAAAUCAUGCUGAUUGUAAAAUAUUACUGUUGCACUUAUUCGGGGGGGGGGCUCAAACGAGUAGAUACGGUUCUGUAUUGUAACUAAAUGUAAAUCUUUUUUAAUUUGUUCUAGUCAUCUACUAUCAAUGUCACAGUAUUCCAUCGUGCAUUUAAGGAAUGGUGUUUUGCCAUGCAUGAGAUUGAUGUUUUACAAGGGAGAAACUGGAUGGAAUGCCCUUGUUGCUAUAAGGACCAACAUUCUUGUCAUGUGGAUGGUAAUGCGAAACUAUACAGAUAUAGUUGUGUUCCAAGGUACAAUAUUAAUUUACUCAUUUUCACAAUUUUUCCUCUUGUAUUAUACUACUGUAACUGUAUAAAAUUGAAGUUUGAUUUUUCCUAAGAAAUUGUGCAUGCAUGAUUAGACUUUACACAAUCAAUUUUUAAAUAUACAGGUAAAGAGGUAUAGAAAUUGUUAUUGAUCCGUAUAGUGAUUGAUCUGUAUAUAUAUUAAUUUGUUUUAACUAUAUUUGCUGAAGCUAUCAGCCUGUAUAUUCUGAAUAUCAUAUUUAUCACUUAUUUACUGAGACCGAGGGAAACAGUGUGUUUUGUGGACCCGAGACCGCCGUUGUUGCCCGAGGCGAAGCAGAGGGCAACAAUGGCGGUUGAGGGGCCACAAAACACACUGCUUUCCCGAGGUCUCAGUAAAUACAGUAAGUGUUUUGUUAUAUGGUAUAUAAGUGUCAAAGUAUGAAUAAUUCACCGGUUAUUGGAUUGAACUUAAUUUGAAACCAAAACUGGAUAAAUGGAAUGCCGUAAAUGUUUAGUAAAAAGUUUUAAAAAUGAACUUUGGAACUUCAUGGUUGACACGCAUGUGUAUUGCACCCAUUUUAUUCUUGACCGGUCAAUAAAUGUUUGAUUGCCGACCGGUUGCCGAACACGUUUUGUGGGCCGGCACGUGACACGGUUUUGACCAAUCGGCGAACAGAAAAAUUGAACUUUGACACUAACUAUAUAACAAGUUACAUUAUAUACUUGAACAACUGAAUAUAGGCUAUGAUGUAUCAAAGCUAGCCCAUUGCCUGUUUCAUGGAAUACUAUUUUCAGAUAGUUCUACCUAAAAUGUAGAAGUAUGUGAAUCAUAUUUUAUUUAAUGUGACGAGACACUCUUACUACUUUCCUAUUUUUGCAGAGGUGAGCGAAAAUGUUAUUACGGUAACCUUUUUGUGGAGGAAAAAGAUGCUGUUGAUGCUCAUCUGGAUACUGUUUAUGCAUCAGCUUCGUCAAAGGUUACAUUACAGUAUAUGGUUCUUUUACAGUAUAUAUUAUAAUCACAACACAUUGUGUGAAUACGAGCCAACUACUUGUAAACGUUUGUGAAAACGUUUGUAAAUCAGGGUUCUCCUUAUCAGGCGGUAACCGGUAAAAUUUACCGUUUCCACGAGCACUGAUUACCGCCUGGAGAAGCCCAAGUUAAAUAUACGUUUGUGUACAUUUGUAAAUAAUAAUUAGUAAUAAGGUGUGAGAAAAUCCUUUAUAUAAUAACUACAGUGAAACACGCAAUUUUAUUGGUCAAUAGUCGUGCAGGAUCAGGCUAUCCUGCACGAGGAAUUAUAAUGCCUUCGUGGGAUUUUCAAAAUGUCAUAGUUUCACUGCAGUUAUUUUAUAAAACAAUUACCAAAUGGUUUUCCAAGCAGGAUAGCGUGAUCCAUGCACUUGGGAUGUUGCUCAACUUUCGGAAAAGUGUGAAAAUACACUCGCCUGCAGCUCGAGUACUUUUACACUUUCCGAAAGUCUCGCGACAUCCCUCGUGCAUGGAUCACGCAAUCCUGCACGGAAAACCAUUCGGUAUUCCUUUAAUAAUCAAUCAAUCAAGUAUUGCUGAAAUUCCACAAUAUCAUUUAUUUAGCAUCGAUAGAUUGAAUAUAGAAAUAUCCUAUAAACCCGAUCUGUGAACAAAAUUUUUUGGCGGAAUGAUUAUAUUAUCAACCCAGCGUGGGCCUGGGGACUGAGUAAUUAAAUUGGCGUGUGUUUAGAAUAUAAUCUUUAGUAUUCUAUAAAAGUUUAAAUCUUCCCUCAAAAUGCAGGAAAUGCCAUUUCAGAUUUCAAAAUUUUCCGUUGGUAUACCCCAGACCCCCUAGAGGUUUGUAUAGGUGCGACUUGAUGCUUAUACCUGUUGAAAAACCUGUUUUACCUGUUGCGCUCACAACUAUGGAGAACCCUGUUGUUUUUGACAUUUCUCUUCCAGAAAAAUACCAGUAAUUCGUAUUGUGGUACAUCAAAUUGGAAAGCAGCCAGAAAUACUGCAAAUGUGCGAUCAAAGUUGGAUGAAACUGGGCUUGAAGUAGCUGGCUGCAGACAUGCUCUUGCACAAAGUGCUCUUAAUAUGUACCAAGGAGAAUUAUUUGGGUACACACAUUAUUUGCAGAUUAAUAGAUUGGUUCCUCAAGGUGUCAUGUUCUUAUGGCAGGAUGUUGUGUGCAAGUAUUGGCCAUGGUUUAUGUCACUUCCCAAAGAACUCUCUCCCCAAGAGACCUUCCUUAUGAAACCUGCGCUUUCUAUUAUGCAUGGAAAAGCGCAUAUUUGGUCUUGUCAGGUAAUUAGUGUACAAUAUCAUGGUGUUAGCCAGAAAAAAAAGUUUUGUCCGUUAAUCGUAAAUUGGGAAGGUUUUUUGACCGAUCAAAGUCCUUGUGUAGGAAUAAAUAGUGUUUUUUUUCCAACGUGUUUCUCCUUGCAAACAACGGUAGCUUGGUUUUGUACAUUUCAUUUCCGGUGAAUGAACACGGAUGCACACCGAUUACACUCUGUUUUGUACAUUUCAUUUCAGUGAAUACACACCCAAUAUGAAUGAAACGCGAUACAUUUUGAGAAAAUAGUUAAUGGGAAAAAGUAAAUAAAACGUUCUUUGAUAUAAUAACAUAGAAUCAAACGCAUUGCACUUUCUCAUCAGAAAAAAUGAAAAUCUUCCAGUAGACCCAGUUAGGAAAGCCCCUUAGCUGUACUUCAAUUGGGAAGAGUUCAUCAAACGGACAGUAUAUGGGCUAGCUAACACCCUGAAUAUUGUGAACAUUCUGCAUGAUAGCCUAAAAUUUAAGUGUAAAUUUGUACGUCUCACCAGUGUUGGAACAAAUACGAAAAGGAAACUAACUGUUAUUUAAAUAUUUGAUCUUUGUCUUUUACCAUUAAAUAAAGUAAACCAUUAAAUAAUAUUGUAUUUUUUUUAAGGUGACUUGGGGUGGGCGUUGGCAGCAAGGUAGCGCAUACACGACUGGUGAGGAAGUGGAGCAAAUAAACAGCUACAUAUCGAGAUUGGGGUCAACAACAAAGUAUAUGAAUGCUGGAGGUAAGAUACUGUAUCUUGCUGUACAAAUGUAGAUAUCUUCAGUUGUUUCUUUUCUUAUAAAGAAACUUUCUUUUUAGUAUGAGUGACACUUUGGAAUCAUUAUAUUGACUAAGAUGAUUUUAUUUUGUAGGUCGUGACGAAACUAUAACGGAACAUGUAAUGCACUGGAACAAACAGAAAGUUAUGAAGCUCCACAUAAGUCUGUCCAAACGAUAUAUUGAGGUACAAUAUUUGGAGUUAUCUUUAAGGACGGUUUUUUACAAUUUCAUUGAUUUCUGAACUUUUUCCUUUUUAUUUAACUGACAAUUAUUAGAUUAAAAGAAUGAUGGAAUCAAAUGAGGAGGAAUUGAAGAAUGAGAUGAAUGCGAUUGGUUGUCAUGACCAGAUAGAAAGUGGGGAGUUGGAAAACUGGAAAGAAGCAAUAGCCAUAUGUGGAAAACGUAUGUAGUAAAUAAAUUUGUUAAAUUGUUAUUACUAUAUAUGUAUCCAUCGUUUACAUUGUAUUAACUUCCUAGUUACUUUUCUUCCCUAGCCCUAAGACCAUUUGAUUCUUUUCCCCCACCCCAGGGGGGGGGGGUUAUAGAAGAAUAUACAGCAGUGAAUUGCAUCGCCCAUAGUGUAUUUCUUAGCCAUAUAAAUGCAGUGCUGUAGGUUGUUUUAUUUUCAAUACAGGUAGUCAGUUUGGAGAAGUCGUUUUAAGUAAAGAGGAAAAUCAAUUGGUUCAAUAUUAUCAGCUUAAUAUUGAGAUUUCUGAAGCCAUUUCUCUGAAGCCGUUUGUGGAAGAAGCUCGUGAUGGUGUUGGCGCAGCACUUGUCACUGGGAAUGGUGAGCUGUUCAAGCAAGCACUGCAAAAGCAAGAGGAGAUUGAUCGUAAAAAACGGCAGUUGGUGAAGCUAGAAUCUCUUUUGGAUAUUUGUGGAUGUCAGACGAAACAAACAGAGGCUUUGGAAAGAGGAAAGCGACUAUUGGCUUCUCAGAAACGCAAGGAAAUUCGCGAAGAUAUCGAGAUGAUAAGUUUUUCAAUUUCCCAGAGAGUGAAGAGUAUUGGUCGAUUAGCAGGUUAGAUAAUAAUAAUAUUGUUAGGUAAUAUUGAACAUUUUAGUUGUUUCACAAUGGUGUACUUAAAUGCGACCUUUAGUGAUACGGUGUUCACCAAAUAUGCUAUUUGUACACAUGAUCUAUACGGAUAGGGCGUCUUUGUUUAUUAAGGGACUCUAGGAAGAAUAAUAAGUUUGGAAGUGACACUAGCCCGCGUGCAGGCCCAAGGGAACUGAUAGUGGGCCUGCAAGCAAGGCUCGGUAUUUUGUAAAACGCCCCUUUUCAUAACACGCCCCAUUCGCGCGUCAAUUGUCAAAAAAGAACCAAUGACAGCACCCAAAUAUUAACAAACAAACUCGCAUUAAAAUAUUGCGGGGUUUUCUCUGCUUAUUCAGAACAGAAACAAUGUAUAAAUGGCUGCGUUUUAACUCGAAAAAAGCAAGCAACGCAGUCAGUAAUUGCCAAAUUUGCAAGUGCUCAUUUUCAACUAAAAUCGGAACAGGCAAAUUAGGACGAAUUUCAACAGAAAACCAGUCUCAAACUCCAAAAUAUCGUGAGGGAAGUCGUGCGACUACUGUACAUAAAUAGCAUUUAUAAUGUGUGCUUCGCUGUCGCCAUUGUUAUAAAUAAAUUGUCUCACUUAUCACUGAUCGUGUGUGCAAUUCUUGUUGGCGGCGGAAAGUACGAAAUUUAUUUCAGUUAUUUCAUUUGGUAAAGAACUCUACAAAAGAAGAGACCGUUCAGUGUCCAGAUCGUUUCAAACGGCAAUUUAAUACCGUCUUCUGUUUCGCACUCUCAGCGAAGCCUUGUAAAUCGCAAAGUGUUUCGAAUAGGUUUACAUGCAACUGCCUCUAAAUCUUCACCGCGAAAAGCGCUGUUUUCUUCAGUGCAAGAACAGAGUCAACAUCAACUAAAUGAUAAUUUUCUUGAGGAACAUAUAAUGUAUCACUAAGUCUGUUUGAAAUUAAUGAAACUCAAGUAAAGGUUACUAUAGUUUACCCCAGUCGUAAAUCGUAAUGUUGCUAUUCCAACACCUCACGACAAGCAAUCCUCAUUGGCAUAACGCAAAAAACAUCUCUUCCUUCAAGUAAACAAUAAACAGUCUGUUCUUGUUCCAUUUAUAAUCGAAAAAAGCGAUCAAUUUUCGAAUUUUAAGCUUAUCGAGAGCCUUUGUGAUGAAUCACUGAUCUAAUUAUAGAAUCCAACAGCAAACAGCCAAUCAGAAUGCCGCGUUCGUGGGCGAACGCGGAAAGUACAAAAUACAGGGCCUUGCUUGCAGGCCCACUAUCAGUUCCCUUGGGCCUGCACGCGGGCUAAAGUGACACCUGCGUUAUACAAAGUCAGUGCGAUUUUUAGCUUCUUUAUUUUCAGGAGAUUUUCUCAUUACUUGUCGAGCAGGUUAAUGCGUCCUUUAAUAUCUUAACGGUAAUUAUAAAUCAUGUUCUCUUCGCAGAUUCUUCUAAGCAGCGUUCAAGGCUACGCAGUAAGAAUACUAGCGAAAGAAAGAAAUUGGAAGAUCUAAUCGCGCAGCUAAAUACGGUAGAGAAUAUGCUUGGUGGAACUGAAGAUGUUCUUACUUCUGUUCAGGCUGUUAAUGGUCAUUUUCCAUGGAUUAACGAAGAAGAUAGUAGUGGUAAUUUACCAUGUACUGCAUUUGGAUUUAGUGUUACUGGAAUUUUUAUUUUACAUUAAAGAUUAUACUCGGCAACCUUAAAGUCCAGACACACCCGACACGAUUCGAUAACGCGACGUGAUUUUUCGAUUUUCACUGACCGAUAACUUUGAUCAUAGUUUAAACUUUCCAAAUAUUUAGAAGCGUUAUAACAUUUUGAGUUAUUUGGUCUACAUAUCUUUUAAAAUUUGCUCUCAUUAGCUGUUUUACUUUCAAGGGUUAAACAAUCACGUCGCGUUGUCAAAUCGCGUCCGUUGUGCCUGGACCUUUACAAGAAAUUUUUAAUUCUGGCAAUGUAUUUUUCGUUUUUAGCAAAAGGUGCCCGCACUAGUUAUAGCCUUAAUUGAUUACUUCCACUAAUAAACUAACAAUAUAUUAAUUAUUAUAUACAAAAUUGUAUUAACAUAUCUAGUAAUCGAUUGCUUUUAUUACAGGUAUAGUGGCGUUGCGGGCAAAGAGAAGGGCUGUGGAGAUUUUCCUGACUGGUAAACGUCUCAAAGAGGAAAUUUCACUUCUGGAACAGGAAAUGGUUCGAUUUCUCUGUUAUUACAGAGAUAAAAUCAUUCCAGAUCUUUCCUCACGCUUAAGUUCGUUAGAAGAAGGUAUUUAUCGGCACGAAAUGUAAGUAGACUGCCAGGAGAGUUCUUAUUAAUUUUUACAUUUUUUAAUGUUAAGAUUUCUUGCCAGAAGACGAUUCCAUCUUGUACGAGACCGAUAAUGGACCAUCUGAUGAGGUACUGUAAAAUAAGGUUGGGCACUUACAUGAUCAACUAUCUACUGUACGUAUUUUUCGCCUUCAAUUUUUUUGCUCUUUAUCUAUUUUUGUUCUUGUAUUUGUUCUCGAAGUCUUUCACGUUGCCUUAUGGGCUGAUGUUGUUGUUGUUGAUGUUGUCGUAAUCGUCUUCGUCGUUGUUGUUCGUGUUUUUUUAUUAAUUGUAUUUAUUUUCAUUCAAUGUUUUCAUGCUUUAUAUAGGGAAAAUACAAGGCGACACGGUCCAGCCAACAGUCGUUAGAUGGAGAAAAAGCUCUUUUGAAAGGGGGUAUUUAUUUCAGCAAAACCCGGUUGAAAGAAGGUGCAAUUGUCUUCAAACACAUUGCCGAAGGAACAAUUCAAGAGCUACUUCUUGACGAGGAUUUCACCGACGAAGUUGAUCAUAUGUUUGAUGAGGGCGAAGACGAAAUUGAGGAGGAAGAAGAUGAAAUUGAGGAGGAAGAACAUGAAAUUGAGGAGGAAGAAGAUGAGGAGGCGGACGAGGAGAAUUGAACAGUAGCCUAAAUCCAGCGACAAUGAGUGGGUGGCACCCCAUGAUACCCCUGCCUUUGAGCAGCUAAUACGGG